AUGGCAGUAGGAGGAUUACAACCAAUUAAAUCGAGUGACCCGGUGGUUUUGAAGAGACUCACCAAAGAACUUUUACUUGCUUCACUCAUAGGUGGGAGCCAGGGAGCACUCUUGAGUUUUGCAUCUGCAUUUUUUUUGAAGAGAUAUUCUCCCCUUUACAGAGGGUUAAGAAGCCAGGUAAGAGUAUUCUAUCAUUGCACUAUAAUUUCCUCCGGUAUCAUAUUUAAAGCAGAGGGACAGAUUAGUAAAUUUCAACAAAAGAUUUCUCAGGAGCAAGACUUGAAGAAGGACCAAUUUUUGGAGGAAGCUGCUGAUAACGGCGUUUUCGUAGAAUGA